CUUCGGUGAGAGAUAUAUAUUGAGAUUUCAGAGAGAGAGAGAGAGAGAGAGAGAGAGGUUGGGGUGUUUGGGGAGAUUAGAUUGGGGUGUCUGUAGAGUUCUUGAAGUUUCAGUAAAGGUUGUGACAGUUUUUAGGGUUUCCAUGGGAAAUUCAGUUUUUGGGGCACCUUAAUGAAUAAUUUCUAGGGUUUUUGUUAGGGGAUCCAGAGAGCUUUUUUUCUUUUUCUUUUUGGAAAUCCAGGGUUCUUGUUGGGGAUAGAAUCAGUCCAGUGAAUCUGCGAUUUUGGGCUACAAAGAAAUUUUCUCAAUUGGGUUUCCAUUUAUUCCAUGUUUUCCCCCAAUUUGGAGAUUUUUAUUAGGCUUUGGAUUUUUUUUUUUUCCCUCAAUUAGGCUUUGAUUGGCAGGGACGAAGUGUGGCAUGCUGAAUUAGAGAAGAGAGAAUAGGGUUUUCUGGUUGCUGUUUAGGUUUCAGCAAAUCCGUCAGUUUGCGAAUUCCAUGGUAACAAACUUCAAUUUUGAAAUUAUAGGACUACUGGCUCUUUUGGGCCUUUAUAUACAUAAUUUUAUCAAGUAUAUAGGAGAAAGAAAAUAGAAUAGAAAAGAAAAGAUUUGGGAAUUUAUCUGAUCGAAACACUGUCGGUGGUUUUUUUCCCUUCUCUUUCUACUGGCAAUUUCGCAGCUGUUGGGUACCACUCUAGGUGCCAUCUAGUGAAAUUUCAGCUUUUUGGUUCCAGUUUUAGAUAUUUCCUAGGGCAACCUAGUGAUCUCAGGCACCAGUUCUAGACAUUUUAUGGGCAAUUCGGUGCUUUCAGGCACCCUUUGUAGUUAUCUUUUCGCCCCCCCUCCCCGUGCUAGUAUUAGGAGAAGUGUAGUAGCAUGAGUGGUGAAACGAAGCGGCAACAGAAUCAGAUGCUGGAGUGGUGUUGCAUCUAUUUCAAAAUGUUAGCAAAUAGGUAGAAAGCUUGAGCAGGAGUGAAAAGUGGGUAGAAUGAUUGUACAACUAAAGUGCUCGUGAAAAUUCUCAUUUUGUCUUGGGGUUGGGGCUACCAAAAGGUCUUAUGGGCAUUAUGGGACUAAAUUGGGUUUCUUGGAUUGGAUGAAACCAUGUUGUAUAUUUGCUUCUUGGAUUCUUUCCAGUGAGAUCUCUGUAGUUUUCUCUGAAUUUUGGUUCUGCUUUUAUUGGGGAAAUCCCGGCGUAGAUUGAUGAAUAUAAGAAUGGGCCUUGCAGUCUGAAUUGUCAAAUAUGGGUAGCUCUUCUAAGACAGUUGUUUGGUUUAGGAGGGACCUUAGGAUCGAGGACAAUCCAGCCUUAGCUGCAGCAGCUAAGGACGGAUGCAUCUUGCCAGUUUACAUAUGGUGCCCUGAAGAAGAACGGCAGUUCUACCCGGGCCGAGUUUCAAGGUGGUGGAUGAAGCAGUCGCUUGUGCACUUGGAUCAGUCAUUGAGAUCUCUCGGGGUUGGCCUUGUCCUGAUCAAAUCUGAGAGCACUCUCACUGCCCUUUUGAGGUGCAUUCGUGCCAUUGGAGCGACCCGAGUAGUCUACAACCAUCUUUAUGAUCCUGUUUCACUUGUCCGUGAUCAUAAUAUCAAAAGGCAGCUAGCGGAGCUUGGAAUUCCUGUCAGCAGUUUUAAUGGAGAUUUAUUAUAUGAACCAUGGCAAGUGUAUGAUGAAAAGGGGCUUGCCUUUACGACGUUUGAUGCAUACUGGAACAAGUGUAUGAGCAUGACCAUUGAGCCAAGGCAUCUUCUUCUACCAUGGCGGUUGGUGCCGCCUGCUGAGACUGUCGAAAGCUGUUCGAUUGAGGAAUUGGGUCUCGAAAAUGAAUCAGAGAAAUCCAGCAAUGCAUUGUUAGGCAGAGGAUGGUCUCCUGGCUGGAGCAAUGCAGAUAAGGUGCUAUCUGACUUCAUUGACCAACAUCUACUUGAUUAUUCAAAGAAUAGGCUAAAGGUGGAGGGUGCCGCUACAUCCCUCUUGUCACCAUACUUGCAUUUUGGAGAAAUAAGUGUAAGAAAAGUCUUCCAAUGUGUUCGAAUGAAGCAAUUAUCAUGGGCAAGAGAAGGAAACAUCGUUGCGGGAGAGAGUGUGCGACUCUUCCUAAGAGCAAUCGGUCUUCGAGAAUAUUCACGUUACGUUUGUUUCAAUUUCCCUUUCACGCAUGAAAGAUCGUUGAUGGGGAGCUUGAGACAUUUUCCGUGGCGGGCCGACCAAGGCCACUUCAAGGCUUGGAGACAAGGUCGGACUGGGUACCCUUUAGUAGACGCGGGUAUGAGGGAACUCUGGGCGACGGGAUGGAUACAUAACAGAAUCAGAGUAAUCGUUUCAAGUUUUUUUGUCAAGUUCUUGCUGCUUCCAUGGACAUGGGGGAUGAAAUAUUUCUGGGACACGUUAUUGGAUGCCGACUUAGAAAGUGACAUCCUUGGUUGGCAGUAUAUCUCGGGUAGCUUACCUGAUGGGCACGAGCUCGACCGUCUUGACAGCCCACAGGUUCAAGGCUGCAAAUUUGAUCCCGAGGGUGAAUAUGUGAGGCAUUGGCUGCCUGAGCUUGCUAGAUUGCCUGCCAAAUGGAUUCAUCAUCCAUGGGAUGCUCCUACAUCCAUACUUCGAGCUGCAGGGGUGGAGUUGGGAUUGAACUAUCCAAAUCCCAUCGUGGAAAUAAAUUUGGCCAAAGAACGAUUAGAUGAUGCUACAUCUGCGAUGUGGGAAUUUGUUGCAGCUGCAAGAGCUGCAAAAUUUAACGGAACAAAUGAGGGUGUUGCUGACAAUUCGAAUGGCAUGUAUAAUCUAGACAUUCCGAGAGUUGUCAUAAAGAAGGAAGUUGCUUGUGCUAGUUCAUCUCAUGAUCAGAGGGUGCCCACUAUUCAAAAUUCCAAGGAUGGUCUCCAUGGGCAGAAGGGACCAGAUGGUUUGGAUGGAAAGAGACAGAAUCAUGAUGAAUUACAUGGCCAUGAAUGCAAAGCUGGGACGUCAAAGGAUGAUGAAGAUUUAUGUUCUACAGCAGAAUCUUCUUCUGCUAGGAAACGGAGCAUCAGUGAAAGUCAAUAUGCUGUUCCACCUUCAUUUUCCUCUUCAUCAAACAGCAAACCCCUCAAUGAGUAUGAAAUUCCCCAUUUUCAUGUUCAGAUCGAAGAGCCAAAGCAGCCAUCAUGGGAAGAAGAAUCCAACAUGGAUGGUAUUCCAAUAAAAGAGCCCUUUGUGCAGGAGGAAGGGGACACUGAUUCCCAUUUCAGUCUUAAAUGCAUGCGGCCAUGCAAGAGACCUGCUUAAUCCUUUUGAAUGGAACUGGUAGGCAAGUUUGUAUGGGCUGCACUAUGUUGGGUGAUUUGAUUUUCUCGUGUGAUUCGUAUGUAUGAGAUCUGAAUGCAUCAUCAAGUAAGCUGUACGUAAAUGGGCUGUAUCGCAAAUGUCGCGCAGAUCUCUAUAGAGAAGUACUUCUGGGAAAUAAUUGAAUUCGCUUUGAUACCUUCCUAUUCAAGGGUUAUGAGGUCCAUUUUGUAUGAAUUUUGGGAUAUGAACCAUCCAAAGUAGGGCUUUCCUGAUGAUCAGUUAGGAUCUUGUGUACGCUUGCCAUGCGUAUGAAAAGUGGGUCAUUGACAAGUUAAGUGAAAGGCAGUGAAAAAAAAAUCAAGGUUUUCUUUGUUUGUAUAAAUCGCACGUGUUACUCUAAUUUUAAGCUUCUCCUGUUUCCUAUUUGUAGGCAAUUUCAUGUUGGAUUUACUUAUGGGUGGUUAAUACGAUGUAAACCUUUUUUUUUUAAUGUAUAAAAAUCUUCUUUGUUGUCA